AUGGAGCAGAAUAUUAAAAAAUACAAUUUACGGUCGCUGCCCGGGGGUCGCCGGGGCGCACCUGGAGCCGGUGCUGGGUGCUACAGUUUACGGGACACCGGUGACGAGGCGCUGAGCAGGCGGGCACUCGUUACACAAGAUGCUACAGCCGGUCGUCGGGAGUUGAACAGGCGGACUCACGACGUAGAAGCUACAGCCGACAUUAUAGACGACGACUCUACCUCUUUAUACUCAUCCAUUCCUUCAACCCCUCCUUCGUAUAUGACAAAACGAACUUCAUCAUCUAGUACACUUGAUAGUGUUGUGCAAGAGGCCAAUAUUGACCAUGUACUUGCACCCACAUCAAGUAUCCCUCGUAAGCGCAAACGAUGGACAGUUGAAAUGAAUAAAUUCAUACUGCGCACUUAUCUUUUAUUAACAUCACUAGAUACUGACAAAAAUGCCUAUUUAGAAGCACUCCAUCUGAGAUUUAUAGAAAAAUACCCACAUAUGCAAGUCAGCCGUCAGAGAAUAGGUGAUCAGCGCAGAGCUAUUUUACGAAAUAAACUUCUUCCACAAACAACAAUAAAUGAAAUUUAUAUGGAAGUGACAGAAAAAUUACAGUGUAACCAAAACAAUAUAAACCAAAUCACCAAUGAACAUUCACAAGUAUCCAAUAACAUAAAUCAACAAAAUACUACACAACAGCCCACGCAGACAUCUCAAAUAAACUCAGAAACAGGAAAUAAGCAAAUUAAACAAACCCGAUUAAAAUGGACAACUGAACACAAUGAAACCCUAAUGCGAUUAUACUAUCGAAUCACACUUUUGGAGACAAAUAAAACUGCUUAUAGGAAGAGCUUACAUGAGAGUUUUAUUACCCACUUUCCAUCACUCGCUCAUUUGAGUGAACAAAGAAUAGCUGAUCAGAGAAGGGCUAUCAUAAAUAAUAAAUAUAUAAGUGAAAACAGAUUAAAUACAAUAAGACAAGAAGUGUCUGAAGAGCAACUCACUCAAUCAAAUCAAAUCAACACAGAUAAUCUAAAUCCUGAUACAAACACUACACAUAAUUUUGUCAAUGAUAAUAUUGAAAUAGAAAUAAAUAGCAUGUAUAAUAUAGAACAAAAUGAUCAACAACUAUCAUCUCCAAUGAAUACAAGAAACCUAGAAAGAGACUUGAAAAUUGACCAACUUUUCGAACAAGCAUUGCAAUACUAUAAAUUUACUAACCCAACAUCCAGAACAUAUAUACCUAAACAAAAAUCAUCAUAUAAAUUUGCGAAAAUAGUUGAUUACAUAAAUACAAUAAUUAUCCCUGAAAACAUCAACAACAAUACAGACUUUAACACUCUACAGACUAUUAUAUAUUGUGCAGCCUGGACGGCCUCUAAAGCUAAUGGGGCAAAAUUAGAGUUGAGAUCAACAGAUAAAGAAAAAAUUACUCAAAAACAAUACAAACCGAGCUGGCAGAAACGACUAGAGCAUAAGGUAAAUGACCUCAGAGCAAAAAUAGUUACAUCGGGUCGGCUAAGAAGAUAUAAUGCAUGUACACUAAGAAAACAACAAAAUAAUCAAUUCGACACUAACGAAAAACAAUUUUACCGAAACAUUAAACAAAAUACGACAAACACACAACACAAUAAUAGCAAUGAGAUUGACACACCCAACCCCGAAGAAUUACAAUCUUUCUGGGCAGGAAUAUGGGAACAACCUGUUCGACACAAUUGCUCUGCUGAAUGGAUCCAAAAAGAAAUUAACAAAAGUGAUAUAACAAUAGAACCAAUGGCAUUUGAACAUAUUCCGACAGAUAUAUUUGAAAAGGUACUUCGUAAUUCAUAUAAUUGGAAAUCACCAGGUUCAGAUUAUAUACAUUGUUAUUGGUAUAAAAAAUUUACAAAUACUCAUAUCCAUUUACUUAACUACAUAAACAAUUUUAUCCAAGACUCUAAUACGAUGCCUUCCUAUCUAACAAUGGGAAUAACAUUUAUGAUACCAAAAGACCACAAUGACCGUAAGAAUCCGUCCAAAUAUAGACCUAUAACUUGCCUACAAACACUAUACAAAAUACUUACUGCCUGCAUAGCUGAAUUAAUAUAUCAACAUGUUGACACUAAUAAUAUUUUGAACGAAGAACAAAAAGGAUGCCGGAAAUUUUCUCAAGGAUGUAAGGAGCAAUUAAUUAUAGAUUCAGUAAUACUAAAACAAGUUCAUAAAGCUAAAUCAAACUUACACACUAUGUAUAUUGAUUACAAAAAGGCAUAUGACUCAAUACCUCACACUUGGUUAGUACAAAUCUUAGAAAUGUAUAAAAUUCAUCCAAAAAUAACAACUUUCUUGAAAACAACAAUGGCAAACUGGACAACACAAUUACAACUUAAAACCCUCACAGCUACAAUACAAACUAUACCGAUCAAAAUACAACGAGGCAUAUUCCAAGGAGACGCCCUCAGCCCACUCUGGUUCUGUUUGGCUCUAAAUCCUCUCUCAAAUAUGCUUAACUCUUCUUCAGUAGGAUACCCUUUAAACUAUAAAGAAACUGAUGAUCAGUCUUCAAAUAUGAAUAAAAAUGUAUUAAACCAUUUAUUGUAUAUGGAUGAUAUAAAGUUAUAUGCCGAAACCGAAAACCAACUGAACCAAUUAACGAAAAUAGUAGAACAAUUUACAAAUGACAUAAAAAUGGAGUUUGGAUUAGAGAAAUGUAAAAUAAAUUCCAUUAGGGCAGGAAGUCAACACCCAUAUAACUACACAUUAGAAUCAGGAGAACAAAUAACAUCACUUAGCGAACAAGAAGUAUAUAAAUAUUUAGGUUACAACCAAGCACUUUUUAUAAACCAUAAAGAAAUAAAACUAAAACUACAGCAACAAUUCCGACACAGACUGAAUGUGGUAUUAAAAACCCAACUUAAUUCCAGAAAUAUGAUUAAAGCGAUAAACACGUAUGCUAUACCCAUACUGACUUAUUCUUUCGGCAUAAUAAACUGGACCAAAUCAGACCUAAAAUCAUUACAGCGCACAAUCAACAUAAAUAUGACAAAACAUCGUAAACACCACCCUAGAUCUUGCAUACAAAGAUUAACUCUACCUAGAAAAGAAGGAGGCAGGGGUUUGAUUGAUAUCGUAAACUUACACAACACACAAAUUUCAAGUUUAAGACAAUAUUUCUUCAGCAAAAUGGAAUCAUCAGCGCUUCACAAAUCCAUAGUACAAAAUGACAAUAAAUUGACACCUUUAAAUUUAAAAGAUGGAAGUACACAGACAAAUGAGACGCUCGUCAACAAUCAAACUAAACUGACGGCGUGGUCUGAAAAGUCCUUACAUGGGAGACACCGACACGACUUAUGUCAAUCUAAUGUCGAUAAAGAAGCAUCGAACGCAUGGCUAAGUCGAGGAAUUUUAUACCCAGAGACUGAAGGUUUUAUCAUAGCUAUACAGGAUCAAGUCAUUGAGACCAGAAACUAUCAGAAAUAUAUUACAAAAACACUCACCUCUGAUACAUGUAGAAAAUGCAAUAGCUCUCCAGAAACAAUUCAACACAUUACAGGCUCAUGCAAGGCAAUAGUACAGACAGACUACAAGCACAGACACGAUCAAGUAGCUAAUAUUAUUCACCAAAACCUAGCACACAAGUACAAUCUAAUACAAAACACACAUACUCCAUAUUACAAAUACACUCCACAAACUGUGUUAGAAAGCGCGACAUAUAAGCUAUAUUUUGACCGAGCCAUACUCACUGAUAAGACCAUACAUUACAAUAGACCAGACAUAAUCUUACAAAAUAAAACGAAUAAAAUAACUUACCUAAUAGAUAUCGCCGUCCCCAAUACACAUAACAUCCAGAAGACAAUAGCGGAAAAAAUAAGUAAAUACACAGAACUGAAAGACGAAAUAACAAGACUUUGGAAACAAGAAAAAGUUUAUGUGAUACCUAUUGUCCUCUCAACCACAGGAGUUAUACCCAAACAUUUACACCAUAGCCUGAAAGAAAUAGACCUGCGUAAAACACUAUAUACAACACUACAAAAAGCUGUAAUAUUGAAUACAUGCAGAAUUGUUCGAAAAUUCCUGCAAAUAGAAAACGAAACAUUUAAUAAUACCACAGAGACAUAA